GAUGUGUUUCCGGUCCGGUCGCUGCGGCUGAGGCCUAUGCAGCAAUGGCUGCCCGAGGCUCUGCGUUUGUGGCUCUUCCCAAGGCCCUCUUGCCGCCGGGACCCGCCGCCUGUUCGGCCGAGGAAGAGACGCAUUGAGUCUAAUCCAGAAGAGUUUGAACAGGAGCAAAUAAAAAGGCAAAAACUUGGUAUUUUUGGUAUUCUGGCAAGGGGAAUUGCCAGUUUAAUUACACUCCCAUCGCAGUUGGCAUCCAAAUAUCUUCAGACAGAAGACAAGCAUGAAGAAGCCAAAGAUGAGUUUUUUUCGAAUGCUUCAAAUGGUACUUUUUCUGACAAGCAAAUGAAACCUACCACUGGGAAGCUAAUGUUGGAUAAGAGAACUAGUUGUGGUACCAGUGUGCAUCCAGAUGUAGAAGUGUUGUCUGACUACCACAGAGUUAUGCCCUAUCUAAGGUAUGACUGUAAUGCUGGGAAAAAUAGUAAGAAAAGACAUAGUUCAUUUCAAGAAGAAUUGCUACCAUGGGGACUUGCUACUCACCGGCAUAAGGUAGAAGGUUCUGCUCUAGAUGCUGGACGAUAUUUAAGGAGACCUCAUUAUACUGUGGAAGAGGAGUUCAAGGUGGCCUGCAGGGAUCUUCGUCCCAUUUUUCUCCUCAACAGUCCAGUGGGGUGCAUGAAGAAACAGUUUGUGCAAAUGGAGGGAUGGUGGCAUGAAAGCCAGGGAGUUCAGAAUGAAGAGCGAGAGAAAUACAAAAAACUGCUGGAGCAAGAAAAAGAAAAGCGCUUUAAAAAUAAUCCUAGCCCCAACAUUGCCAAGCACUUACACUUAACAACAGAAAGAUAUUCAGAACCAGACAGAAUAGUGGUCCGGAAAAAAGAGUAUAUAAUGCACCCCAUGGCAAAUGAAUUAUCAGAAGAAGUAUCACUUAAGUUAAACCUGGGACAAGAAGGCUCUUCUGACAGAAGGCGCUGUUUAGGUGAAAUAAAAGAACAGAAAUAUCUCAGCUUGGACAAGACUACAGAGCACUUUUCUGACCUGACAGAGCAUAUGGAGCGAGAGAUAGCAAAUGUACUAAGUUACGGCCAAGAAGAUGAAGUUUUGACAAGUGCCUUCAAGCUGAAUAUUACACGAGGAGACAUUCAGACUCUAAGAAACCAACAAUGGCUCAACGAUGUGGUCAUUAACUUCUAUAUGAAUCUUUUAGUGGAAAGAAAUAAGAGACAAGGACUACCACUUCUUUAUGCUUUCAAUACUUUCUUCUAUCCAAAGUUAAGUUCUGCAGGCUAUAAUGCGGUACGAAGAUGGACCAAAGAAGUGAACUUAUUCCAACAUGAUUUGAUCUUGGUGCCAAUUCAUAUAAGGGUACAUUGGGCAUUAGUGGUCAUAGACAUGAGGAGGGAGACCAUCAAAUAUUUUGACUCAAUGGGACAAAGUGGCCACAACAUCUGUAUGAAAUUGCUGCAGUAUCUGCAGGAUGAAAGCAAAGUCAAGAGAAACCUGGAGAUUAAUCCUUCAUCAUGGACACUUUAUAGUAUGAAACCAAAUGAAAUUCCACAGCAGCGGAAUGGCAGUGACUGUGGAAUAUUUGUCUGCAGAUAUGCAGAUUUUGUCUCCAGAGAUAAACCCAUUGUAUUUUCACAGUGUCAUAUGCCUUAUUUCCGCAGAAAGAUGGUGUGGGAGAUACUUCAUCAACAGCUGCUAUAGCUCCAUGAAUCGGACAGUAUUAUGUACCUGUCAUCUGGUAACAAAAUAAGUGACUUGUUAGGUGUCUGAUCCCCAUACCUCUGUCUUACACAACACGAUUCAAAGUACCCUUUUGUAUGAACAUCAUUGCAGACCACAAAGCAUAUUUAAGAGCAUGUAUUUGCAUUGGAAUCUUUUUCAUUCAAAGGGCUAAUCAUGGAUCAAAGCAAAACUCAUUCUACUGGAAGGUGGAAACCUUCUUUCUAAAACUGGAUUUGUAGUGAUUUUGAAAGAUGGAAACUCUUUUGAUUUGUAACAAAUCCUUAGUUAAAAGCCCUAGAUAGGGGUCACUCUUUAUUUAAAAGUAUUAUAACUUUGUCUGAGACUAUUUAUUUGUAUUGUAUUUAAAUGAACACAUGUUGAAAUUCCAAAAUGCUUUUAUGAAUUAAAAUUAGAAAUAUUUAUCUAUUAACCGGUUUUAAAUUAACGUGAACAGCACUAUUACUUUUGUUCAGAACAUUUGAGGUGGCAGAAGUCAGUAAAUGCUGGAAAUAAAAAUAUUUUCUCUCA